AUGACUAAUUUUGUUACAAAAUCUUUUGCAAAAUUUGACAUAUUUGGUUCUGAAGUAGGUCUAAACUAUCAAAAGGACAGCAUUUUUAAAACGACCUUUGGUGGGUUCAUGAGUUUAAGUUUUUUUGCGUUUUUAGGGAUCUUCUUUUGGAGUAGUAUUUUCUCAUUUCUAAACAGAGAAAAUGUUAUUGCUACUACUAACAAAUAGUUCUAUACAGAUCCACCUGUUGUUACUCUCAACGCUAAAAAUUUUAUGUUUGCUGUUUAAAUAGGCCAAAAGAAUUUCUUGGAAAAUCCUUAUCUUAAUAUUUCUUUUGAAACUAGAAAUUACAUCACAUUAAAAAAUGGAACUAAAAUUAGAAAUUUAUACCCAACUUAACUAGAACCUUGUACUCCAGAACAUUGGUCUCAGCUACCUCAAUAUGAAGUUAAUUGGACAGAAUAAUUCUAUAGAUUUAACUUCUAAUAAUUUCUUUGCCCUACAAAAGACUAUCAAUUUUAGUUGGGAGGAUCAUAUAAUUCAGAAAAUUUCUACCAUUGGAAAUUUUCCAUCGUUAAGUGUUCUAACAAUACUCUACCAACUGCUCUUUGGAAACCGGUUUGUAAGAGUGAUGAAGAAGUAGAAUAAUAUUUUAAUAAAACUCAAAACAUUAGGUUUAACAUUUACACAAGUAAUUAUGUUAUAAAUGCUCUGGAAAGUAAAAAUUAUGUGAAUAAUUUUAUAGAGGAUUCUAUGUUCUUCUAAAUACAAAAAAAAAAUUCAUAUAUCACAUCUGAUAUUUACUUAAGUGAAAAUAUUAUAUAAACUGAUUAAAGCCUUCUUCCUUUUCCUAGUAUUACCAAUCAAACAAUCAUAACUUUUGAAUCUGGGAACUAUAGACCAUAAUAUAUUUUUGGAUAAAUAGGAGAUGUAUACGCAGAUUUCUUUAUCAGAAAAGAUGCUUUUGUAUAUAGUAAAAACAGAGCAUUUUAAAAGAUUAGUUAAAUUAUUUCUUACAUUGGAGGUUUUGCUUAAAUUUUUAUUUUAGUAACUUCUAUUUUAGUAAAUUAUUACAAUGAAUAUGUCUAUGCGAUUUCUCUAGCUAAUAAGAUUUACGACUUUUAAUUUUCGAAGAAAAAAAUAAAUAAAAGUAAAUAAACUUAAAAAAUAAUAUCAUAAAAUGUAAACGAUACAAAAAGAGAUGAUGAUGGAUCAGGUAAAUAGUGUAAAGUCGAUGGAUAAUUUUAAAUUAACUUUUAAGAUAUCAAAACUGAAAACAAGCAACCUUCUUUAACAGAAUAGUUGGAUUUAGAAAAUUAAGAGACGAUAAGGGGGUGCUAGGAGUAGUUUGUAGAUAUUUAUUUUAAAAAAGAAAAAUCUUAAAAAGUCACACUACGAGAAGAUGAUGGAUUAUUACCUCUAGAUUAACUAAAAGAAAUUAUAUUCUUAAGAAAAUAGUAGAUGGAAAAGUAGUAGCAAAAUUAAUUGUUUUAAAAAUAAUCUACUUUAAAUCAGAAAAAUUAACUAAUUAAAACUGAAGAAUAGAUUGAGCUAGAGGAAGAAGAAGAAGAUGAAGUAGAAAAUUUUAAUUAGGUUUAGAGUAAUCUUAACCGUAAAAAAUAGAAUUCGAAUUAAUAACAAAUCUAAAAGAUGAAGGAAACUUCAGACAAUAUAUAAAAUAUGCUUGGAUAUGAUCAGCAAGGUUCUGCACAUAAAAUUGAAUAGAAAAUUAUUAUGAAUGAAAGCAUUUAUCCUGAUAAUCCUUUAGAUAAUUAGGCCAAAACUUCAUAAGAUAAUAAUGACUUAAAAAAAGAUAUUAAAGUAAUUGAGACUGAAAAUAUAAACGAAGGUAUUUAAGAAAAGGAAUAGGAAUUUAAAGAAAUAUAUUAAAGGUAACAAUCAAAUUUAAUGGCAAGAUAAGUUGAAAGUAUUUAAAAUUUGAACCAGAAUGAUGCUGCAACAUCUGAAAAUGCACAAAUGAUUUCAAAUUAAACUUUUAAUAAGAUAAAUACACCUUCCAAUAAUUUAGCAAAAGAAACACCAAAAUCGAAAUAUCAUUCUUAAAAUAACCUUCUUUUACAUGGCCUUGGGUAUAAAAACUAAAAGUAAUUCCUUUCAAGGGAAUUCGAAUUUUUGCUAAAAAAGCAAGUAACUCUCUCAAUGACUUUUAAAUACUUUUUGUAUAAACUGACUUGCCAUAAGUUUUUUAAGACAGAACAAGUUUUACUUUUAGAUAAAGCUAAUAAACAAAUGAAACAAGACCUAGAUAUUUUGAAUAUAAUGAAUAGGUUGAAGGAAAUUGAGAAAUUUAAAAAGUUAUUUUUAGACAAAAACCAAGAAAUUCUUUUUAAUUUCUUCCCAAAACCAGUAAUUUCUGUUGAAAAUGACGAACAUAAUCUCACAAGAGCAGAAAUAGAAGAAUAAGUUAAAAAAAAUAUCAAAAGAGACUCAUAAUCAAAUAUUAACCUUAUGAAAUCCCUUAAAAUAAAUGAAAAAUAAUAAAAAAAGCUUAAAAUUAACAUAAAAUUAGCAUCUGUGAUAUAAAAAGCAGCUAUGAAAUUUAAAAAACCAUUGAUUUCGAAAGUAAAUUAGUAAAAUUCAAUAAGCACAUACAAUAUCCUUUACGAUGCAUAUGAGAAACUUAUUGUUGAAGGAUAAAAUAGUCAGUUUAACAAAAAAUUGAUAAAUUUACUUGGAGAUGAAUUAUCAAAUAUAUUUGAAAUAUCCACUUUGUUAGCUAAUAAAGCCAAAAUUAUUUAGAAGUAAAAUUUAUCUCAAAUCAUGUUACAAGAUAAAGAAAAGUAGUUAGAAUUUGUUGAUUUAGAAAGUAAAUGA